UGUGUCGGCUGUCACCGAGCAGUCAGUGCGUUGUGUCCACGUGCUCUGUUGUGUGUGUGUGUACGCGCACGCGCGCGCAGUGUGUGCGUGUUUCCUCGGCUCCGUGCGAAAUGGACUCCGCUCCGUCCAGCGCCUUCGGAGCCUCUCUGGCCGGGGGCGACUUCGACUUCGCGGGCUUCCUGCGGCGUCCCCAGACCGUGGUGCGCAUCGUGAGCUGGGUUUUUGCCAUCGUGGUUUUCGGGUGCAUCACUGCCGAGGGUUACAUAAACCCGACGAUAUAUGACAAGGAGGUGCGAUGCAUGUUUAAUCAGAACGACAGCGCCUGCCACUACGCCGUGGGCGUGGGCGUGUUGGCCUUCUUGGCCUGUGUGGCCUUUUUUGUUCUGGACAUCUACUUCUCUCAGAUGAGCAAUGUCAAUCAAAGGAAGUAUGUGGUCACUGUGGAUCUUGUAUUCUCAGGCGUGUGGACAUUCCUGUGGUUCGUGUGCUUCUGCCUCCUGGCCAAUCAGUGGUCCUACACCCAGAACGUGGAGCUCAUCCCCGGUGAUGCGGCGCGGGCCACAAUCGCUUUUGCCUUCUUCUCCAUCAUCGCUUGGGCUCUGCUCACCUACUUUGCCGUGAAGAGGUACCGUCAGGGAGUGGAGGACUUUGUUCAAAAUUUUGGGGACCCGGCCACCAACAAUGCGACCCAUUACCCUCCUUCGUACCCGGAGUAUCCUACCGGUGGGACAGACAGCUACCAGCAGCCGCCUUUCACCACCAGCACAGACCCCCAAGCUGAAGGAGGCUACCGUGCUCCGGUUUACUAAGAUGGAAUGGAGGGUGGGGGGCGGGUUGAGUCUGGUCACAGCGGUGAGAGGAGUUUUGAAGUAGCCAAAGAGGGUCCAUCUUUAAGGACUGCUCAGUGCACUCCAGAGUUCUUUUGAUCAAGAUUUAGCCCGGUACAGUUGUGUACAGAUGUUUCUGUGUACAUACAUGCAUGUUCAUAGUCUGAUGGGUUUCAAAUGGUUGUUGUGGUUUUGUUUUUUGUUAUACUGUAACCCUCCUUGGGAUGUAAACACUAUUACAAUACAGUCCCAAUCGCAGGGAACCGGUGAGCAUGGUAGGGUGCAGUAAAUGUAUAGGGUCUUGAGAUCAGCUACUAAACUGUACCCCUUGGUAUUUGGAUCACAUGUUGCUUGUAGACAGACAUAGAACCACCAGGUGUUGGGGAUGAGGACAGUUCUUUGUAACGAAUGAUGUUUAUUUAUUUUUUUUUUUUUUUAAAGGAAAAAUUCACUUUGGUUUGUGUACCAUAAUUCCAAAAUUUGCCUAAAAGGAACCACUGUCCACUUUAUCCUCGCAUGCAAUGAGAGCAAGUCUGUUGCCUCCAGAGGACAGUGUGACAAACCAUAAUCUUCCCCUUUAUGUUAAAAGCGAAAUGCUGCUGACUGCACUUGGACACUACUUGCCUUGUCCUGGCACUUGUUUGCACUUAGUUUUGUCCACAGGUUACGGUGGUGCUUUGGCGGUGCUCCAUCGGUACAGUAAUCUGAGGACCGUGGCUGCAACUGAAUGUAUUUGCCUGAAUUAAAAAGCCAAGCUGUCGCUUCUGCUCUCCGUCAUGUGUUUAGAUCGCAGCCCUCCCCCUUUAUCCAUACAAAUAUAAUGCUAGUGUUUUUUUUUUUUUUUUUUGGGGUCAUUUUUGUUUUUUGAUAAAUGAGCACAAGUGCCUUAUCACAGCUUCCCUGCUGUAGAAUCAGCCGGCAUGGGGGGGAUCAGAGUAAAACUCAUAAGUACCUGACUCCUGCAGCACUGUCCUGUCUUAAGAGAGGGCAGCAGUGGAGGGGGAUCCGAUACGUUCGGUUAUUGAGCAGUCAGGCUGACCCCCGUAAAUGGCCUUGGUUCCUGGCUCUGGCACUGAGGGUUGCUUGGUUCAAUACCCCUGCUGAGCAUAUCAGACACCCAACUGCUAGGAAGAGACAGAUGGCAAAAAGAGUCUAAAUGGUGAUUAAAGGACAGGAACAAGUUAUUGUAGCAUAGUGUAUGCUGUUACCUAGCAACUGAAUCUAGCUCGUUGGCAUACUUCCUCCCUGGGCACUGAAUCCAAACGAACUGCUGCAUUAGUUUGUCUGAGACCACACCUAAGGAGACAAAAGUGAUGCUUAAAAGCUGGUGAAAUUUAUAAGUUACUUUGAAAAUAUCAUUCUUGCUAAUGGUGCUGCAGGAUAUCUUUGUAAGCCACACUGUACUGAAGUGCUGUGGUAUUUAAAUUGGUGCCACAACUGGACUGUUCUCACUGGGAGUAAGAGCACUGUGGUAAACCAGCUUUAGUGUCUUCGUAGGUCCAUGUUUGGCUCACAGGUGCACUCGCGCACGGUACAAUCCGUUGCUCUUUGUACCACUGAUCUGACGUGUUGCCACUACACUGGACUGUAGUAUGUGCCUUUGACACUAUUUUCAUUUAGUAUUUAAAAAGUAAUUUAAUUUCUUUUGAGUAAUUUAAACAUGCCACACUACUCUUGUGGUUUAAACACUAUGCUUUCAGCCAUGUGGCUCUUGUCUUUUUUUUUUUUUUUUGCAAAUGUUAACACAAAUAUGCAUUGUUUUGCAGAAAUGUUUUGAAUGUUAUCUGAUUUUUCUUGAAAGUAAAUAUUUACUAUGCAGAGCUGUUCACAGUGACAAUCUCCAAGGCUGUGUCAGUGUUUUAGGGAGCUGUGUUUGCUGAGCACAAUCUAAAGCUACAGGGACAAGACUGAAGUGCAGCCAGCAGCUGGUCUGGUGCCUAGAUGGUCGUAGUUUCACAUCCCAGAAGGGGAACUGCAUGCCCUUGCAUGCAUGCAUGAAAGAAAGCAGCAAACCACUUUUUUUAGUUUAUAUUCAGCCAUAUAACCACACCACUAUGGGGCUGAGAUGUACUUCAGCAUACAAAUUAUAAAGAGGAAUAUGAUGAUGGAUAAAAGACAGAGGGAAGUGUGUACAGGUGUGAAUGUGGUUGUUGUGGCUUGAGCCUGUUCAUGGUUCUCUUUGGUUCACCAGUUAAUCUAGAUGGUGACAGGACUCAGCUGAGGCAGGCAGUCAUGCUGCUGUACACAACAGCUGUCAUUUCCC